ACAUCCUUGGUGGGACGGAGCAGGAUGGCUAGAGAUUUCAUCAAGCUACUCACAGCAGCAUGCAAUUUAAAAUUCAUGAAUUAUUUAUUUCUGGAAUUUUCCAUUUAAUAUUUUUGGACCACAAUUGACCUCAGAUUUUGCUUUCUACUCUUGUCAGUCAUAUCUGCAAGGCUGACAGUUACCAGGGGCUGUGGCCAGGCAUGAGGGAGAAUGUGUCAUUGCUGGCUGCGUUGGUCAUAGCAACGUGUCUGCCUCAGAACAGAUCCAGCAUGGACGAGCAAACAGAAAAAUGUGUAAGAAGGCUUGUGACUGAAACAGACCAAAGCAGACACUUGAAGAAGCAUCUUUCUUGUGAUCUCCUGGCUGGUACCCUGAAGUCCUGUUAUGCCAAUGGACCAGCAACCCUCGCAGAAUUUAUGGCAUUUCUCGUACCAGUAAAGACUACUGAUAAGCCAUUUCUUGUGGACUAAUAAAAAAAAUUCGUGUUUGGUAAGCAUUAAUUUUAGUCUCUGCUUUUUAUCUGUUUAUUCAU